AUGUGGUUGCUGACACUAGGUGGGGUUUUCCUGGCAGCUGCUCAGGCCUGUGUCUUCUGCCGUCUCCCAGCCCGAGACUUGUCAGGCCGCCUGGCUCAACUCUGCAGCCAGAUGGAGGCCCAGUGGAAGGACUGUCAGUCCUCCUGGAACUUCUCAGCCUUUGCCUUAGAUGAAGGGUCCAUGAACAAAGUCACAGAGAAAACUCACAGAGUUCUGAGGGUCAUAGAGAUCAAAAAGUCUCUCUCCUCACUCCCUUCAUAUUGGCAAUGGCUUCAAAAGAUCAAGCUCCCUGAGUACACCAGGGAAGCUCUCUGCGCUCCCACCUGCCCUCGCGUUCAUUUGUCUCCUGCAGGGGGCAGCACCAUCCUGUACAACUGUUCCACCUGCGAGAGCUUUGACGUGCUCUGUUGGCCACAAAAGCGCUGCUUCCCAGGAAGUCAUGAUCUUUGGGAAGCUAGGAUUCUGCUCCUCUCUGUCUUUGGAUCUGUCCUGCUCCUGGGUGUCCUGAGCCUCGUGGUGGAGUCCCACCUCCUCAAAGCAAAAAAUGACUUAUGAAGACGCUGACAGAUCCCAGCC